GAACCAGGCCAGCCUUUUUUAUUUCAUACGAAGUAUUGUUUUACAGUUGUUGCAGAAUGCAGAUGGCUGAUGAAUUCAAGCAUUUGGUUCUUGUUAAGUUCAAGGAAGAUGCUGCCGUGGAAGACAUUCUUAAAGGAAUGGAAAAGCUUGUUUCCGAAGUGGACAUUGUCAAGUCCUUUGUCUGGGGAAAAGACACAGAGAGCCAUGAAAUGCUAAGACAAGGCUUGACACACGCUUUCUUGAUGACAUUCAACAGCAAAGAUGAUCACACUGCCUUUGCUAGCCAUCCCAAGCACCUCGAGUUUUCGGCUUCUUUCUCGACUGCAAUUGAAAAGGCUGUUCUACUUGAUUUCCCCUCCAUUGCGGUUAAACCUCCCGCCAUGGAGGUUAAACCUCCCGCCAUGGAUGUUAAACCUCCCACCGCCUAAUCAUUCCAGACAAUAUGGUUAUCACAUUGCCAUGUGAAAUAAAAUUCCUGUUUCUUUAUAUGCUCAGAUGUGUGCUGAUAUAUGUUUAGUUGUAAUUUAAUCAGACAUUAUAUGUUACUGUAGUAUUCCAGUCAUGAAUUUGAUAUUUAUGUUCCCACUAAAUGUCUAGCUAAAUAACUUUGAGAUUUAUUAAUGGUUGUGUGAUUUUAAAUGGGGAUAUAAGUGAGCAUUGAUGUUACUUUGGUAUUAAUAUAAAGUGUUGAACGAUGGAGAAAAAGAUUGGAA